GUGCUGGCGGCCCGCGCCGACCCGCGCCUGCCCCCGCACCUGCUGCUGGGCCGCCUCUUCCGCUGGCCCGACCUGCAGCACCCCGCCGAGCUCAAGCCGCUCUGCCACUGCCUCAGCUUCGGCCGGCCCGACGGGCCCAGCGUCUGCUGCAACCCCUACCACCUCAGCCGCCUGUGCGGGCCAGAGUCUCCUCCACCUCCUUAUUCUCGGCUGUCUCCUAAUGAUGAGCAAAAGCCACUGGAUCUAUCAGAUUCCACGUUGUCUUACACUGAAACAGAGGCCACUAACUCGCCAAACAUCACGCCUGGAGACUUCUCAGAUGCCAGUAUGUCACCCGACGCCAUGAAGCGGAGUCACUGGUGUAAUGUCGCCUACUGGGAGCACCGGACUCGUGUUGGACGCCUCUACACAGUGUAUGAACAGUCCGUCAGUAUAUUUUAUGACCUACCUCAAGGAAAUGGCUUCUGCCUCGGACAGCUAAACCUGGAAAACAGGAGCGAGACUGUUAGAAGGACUCGAAGUAAAAUCGGCUACGGGAUUUUACUUAGCAAAGAGCCGGAUGGCGUGUGGGCCUACAAUCGCAGUGAGCACCCUAUCUUCGUCAACUCCCCAACACUGGACAUUCCCCAUUGUCGGACUUUGAUAGUGCGCAAGGUGAUGCCUGGCUAUUCGAUAAAGGUGUUCGACUACGAGAAGUCUUGCCUCUUACAACACGCCACGGACCUGGAUUAUGCAGAUGGGCCCUAUGACCCAAACAGCGUUCGGAUCAGCUUUGCAAAAGGCUGGGGGCCAUGUUACUCGAGACAGUUUAUCACGUCAUGUCCUUGCUGGUUGGAGAUACUACUCAGCAAUAACCGAUAACCAUUGGCC